CAGGGCUCAGAUGCCCGCAGAAUCACCUCUCAUGAUUGCAGUGUGGCUUUGAGACUAUGCCUCAUCCAGGGCCUGCAAGGGAUUCUAUCACCUGGCCUCGACCAUCACCUCCCUUCUUCUCAGAUGAGCACUAGCCCACACUCAUGACUACUCUGUUCUGUCAAUCACCACUCCAGGUUUCCUUCAGUCAGGCCAGGGCUAGACUUUUCACAAGAGUUCCUUUUCUGUUGCUGUGAGAAAACACCAUGAUCAAGGCGUCUUACAGAAGGAAGGGUUGAUCAGAGCUUAUGGUCCCAGAGGAGUAAGUGUCCGUCAUGGCAGCGAGGCAGAGCAGCAAGCAGCAGGGACAGCAGCUAGAGCCAAGUGCCGGGAGCUCACACUGGGAGCCACAAGGACGAAGCAGAGAGAACAAAGUUUCCCACAGUACUGUGUCCCACGCGGAUGAGCCCAGCCGGCCUGAUGAAACCUCCCGCCUUACAGUUCGCAUGGAAAACACCUACCAGUUAGGUCCCACGAAACAUUUUCCCGUGGCCACUGUCAAUCGUAUUUUGAAAGAUGUACUAACUGCCCACCUACAAGAAGCAGAAUAUGACCCUGAGUUCUGCAGACAGAUGACUAAAACGAUUUCUGAGGUUAUUAAAGCCCGGGUCAAAGAGUUAAUGAUUCCCCGGUAUAAACUAAUUGUGACUGUUUACAUUGGACAACAAGAUGGUCAGAGCAUACUUAUUGGCAGCAGGUGCCUCUGGAAUCCUAAAAGUGACACCAUUUCAUCCUACACUUUCAGAAAUUCUACCCUCUUUGCACUUGCAAAUGUCUAUGCGGUUUACUUUGAGUAACUGAAAAUGAGAAGGACGGUCCUGGUAUCAUAAAAUCAUCGAACAGGCUGUGUCUCUCUAUCCACAAAAGUUCUACGGGCAAAACCCAUGAGAAAGAAACAAGAUGAACAUCGCAAACAACUGGAAGUUUCCAUCAUUCUUGUGAGGACUUGUGGAGGGAGGGGAGCCCAAGAAAGAACUUUGAUUCUCCAAAACAGAAGCUGAAUGUGGUCCACAUAAACAUAGAUGCUGACUAAAUAUUAA